AUGGAGACGAUGGAAAUAGUCAAAUCUUUAAUAAAGAAAAAUGAUUUCAUGACUUCAAUCGACAUCCAGGAUGUAUUUUAUCACAUACCAUUAUCAUCAUCAUCCCAGAAUAUUUACCAAAAUGAUAAAACCUCUUCUCGCAUAGGCAAGAAACCUCAGAAUCAGACUUUCUAUCUAUCUGGACAACAUUCUUUUGUUAGCCUAUUCAAAGUCAGAAAUAACAGAAUAUACUCAAAUUAUACUUCAAAUAUUAGUGAAACUCGGCUUCAAGAUCAAUACGGCCAAGUUCAACCUAGUUUAAUCUCAACAGUUGGACGCAAUUCUUCUAUCAAGAUUAAAAACUCGAUGGCUAAUAAAAGACAAAAACCUAGCCUUGAUAAAACGAGGUUGGAAUACCCAUCUGAAAUUGUCACCGCAGAGUAUUCAACAACUGGACUAGUAGAUCACGAACUUGGAGAAUUGCAACAGAAAAUGUUUAAUUUUACCCCAACCAACGACAACCAUAUGCAUAGAUGUAUCACUUACCAGAUGGGCUUACCUAAAUCACCAAGGGGACUCUGUGUCCCGAGAAUUGAGCUUUCUUGCAGAGAACAUCUAGAACCUUUGCCUAUACAAAAAGAUCAUGAUAGUUGCACAACACUUGCUAGGCAAAUCGAAUCUACAAGCAGACCAAGCUUUGAG